GGCCGAGGGGUGGGACCAGCGGCGCAGUUAUAAGAGCUGGCGAGGCGGGUGGGGGUAGGAUCCUGCCCAGGAUGUCUGCGAGUCUGGAGAGCCGAUCUAGAGACAAUGGCCCCGAGGGAAUGGACCCCGAUGGCAUCAUUGAGAGCAACUGGAAUGAGAUCGUGGACAGCUUUGACGAUAUGAACCUGUCGGAGUCCCUGCUGCGGGGAAUCUAUGCCUAUGGGUUUGAAAAGCCUUCCGCUAUCCAGCAGCGAGCCAUCCUUCCUUGUAUCAAGGGUUAUGAUGUGAUCGCGCAAGCUCAGUCUGGCACUGGGAAGACUGCCACCUUCGCCAUUUCUAUCCUCCAGCAGAUCGAGCUGGACCUGAAGGCGACCCAAGCCUUGGUACUGGCCCCAACCCGGGAGUUGGCCCAGCAGAUCCAGAAGGUCGUGAUGGCCUUGGGGGACUACAUGGGGGCUUCGUGCCAUGCUUGUAUUGGGGGCACCAAUGUCCGGGCUGAGGUGCAGAAGCUGCAGAUGGAAGCACCCCACAUCAUUGUGGGGACUCCAGGCCGAGUCUUCGACAUGUUGAACAGGCGAUACCUAUCACCCAAAUUCAUUAAGAUGUUCGUGCUGGAUGAGGCCGAUGAAAUGUUGAGCCGUGGAUUUAAGGACCAGAUCUACGACAUAUUCCAGAAGCUGAGCGGGAACACCCAGGUGGUGCUCCUGUCAGCCACCAUGCCCAUGGAUGUACUAGAAGUGACCAAGAAGUUCAUGCGGGACCCGAUCCGCAUCUUGGUGAAGAAGGAGGAGUUGACCUUGGAGGGCAUCCGGCAGUUCUACAUCAACGUCGAGAGAGAGGAAUGGAAACUGGACACACUAUGUGAUCUCUAUGAGACCCUGACCAUCACCCAGGCUGUCAUAUUUAUCAACACUCGCCGGAAGGUUGACUGGCUGACCGAGAAGAUGCAUGCCCGGGACUUCACCGUCUCUGCCAUGCACGGAGACAUGGACCAAAAGGAACGUGACGUGAUCAUGCGUGAAUUCCGCUCUGGCUCCAGCCGGGUCCUCAUCACCACUGACUUACUGGCCCGUGGCAUUGAUGUGCAGCAGGUUUCGCUUGUUAUCAACUAUGAUCUACCCACCAACCGGGAGAACUACAUCCACAGGAUCGGCCGAGGGGGGCGUUUUGGCCGGAAAGGGGUGGCCAUCAACAUGGUGACCGAGGAGGACAAGCGCACCCUGCGUGACAUAGAGACCUUCUACAACACCUCCAUCGAGGAGAUGCCCUUGAAUGUGGCUGACCUGAUCUGAGGGGGGGGCCGGGGAGCCGCUGUCACACGCCGGCUCGGGAGACUUUUUUAAUUUUCCGUUUUUUUGUUGUUUUGGGUUUUUUGUUUUUUGGCUUUUGAAUAAAUGUCACUUUUUGGAGGUGAAAAAAAUCCAACUUUAGUGUUUUGUGGCAUUUCUCUGUCUCUGUCCACUUCUCUCCUGCUACUGCUCACACCUGGAGGCCAGACCAGCGGGAACCAGGCCUCCAGGCUCUGAAUUACUUCAGAGCAAGGUGGGAACCCUGGCAUCCUGGCCAGUAGUUCACACCCUUGUUCCCUCAUGUCACUCUAGUCUUGGAACCGGACUCCUGGCUUCUCCCCAGCUACAUGGAACCCAGAAGUCCUAAUUCAGGAUCCCUCCUUAAUUAGGAGGGGGAGGUGGGACCCAGGGCAUGCUGGCUUCCACUUCUGUUCCCAGUAUUCACUAAUUCCUCCCCCCCCCACACACACACUCCCAGAACUGGAGCAUUUAGUGGAAUGGCAGGGUUCUAACCCCAGAAUCCUGCUGUCCCUGCUCCCAAAGCUUGGGCAGUCCAUUAACAAGCCCCCAGGCUAUCACAACCCUGAUCCUGGUGCUAAAUCAAACUGCUUGUGAAUUGGACCUACCUCAGGAUUGGUAGCUCUGGGGUGUGGGGGGAGUCUCCAAAUCAGUAGCCUCACAAACAUGAAGCUAGAAAUUUGUUCCUCCUCCAACCUGCGCUCCAUUUUCCCCCAUCCAACAAAAUUGUUUGCGACCUUUUUACUUUUUUGUAUAGUAUUUAUUGAAAGGAACCAAAUAAAGAUCUUGCAACAUG